AUGUACCGCCACCAGCCGCACCCCGCCACCCCCAUCUCCGACGCUUCUUUUUUAAUAAAGCGUGGUAAAAAGCGGGGAAAUUAUAACUGCGCUCGUUGUGGUUUGCCGAAGAAAGGGCAUAAUUGUAAUUUACCUAAAGAUAUCAGUGGCAGCUUCACUCCAAUUUCCACACCCACCGCCGCCGAUGAUUCGAUUAUUAGUAUUAGUUCUGUGUCUGAGACGGCGGCGCGGCCUCUUCCUCCACUGGGGAGCCGGAGAGCUCUAUCGUUUGAUGAUGUCAGUGAGGCUGACUCCCGGGGGGAGCUCGAGUUGGAGUGUUAUGAGGAGGAGCUGGAUAUGGAUCCAGAUGUGGCGGGGAAGUUGCCAGCGAGUUGUUUGUGGGAGGUGUUGAGGAGGCUGCCGCCGGUUGGCUUGUUGUCGGCGGCGAUGGUGUGUAAGGGGUGGAGAGAAACCACGAAGAAGCUUUGGAGAGUGGCGGAGGAGCUCCGGCUUAGGGUUCCGUCGAAGGCGGAGAUUAGACUAUUUGGAUCGAUGUUGCAGAAAUGCCCCGGACUCACGAAACUAUCUCUUACGAUGGAAAGUGAUGUGGAUACAACAAUGCUGGCUUGCGUUGCUUUCUCCUGCCCUAAUUUGCUGUCUCUGGAGAUCUUUACAUCUGUUACCUCUGGCAAUAGAAUCACUGGGGAAGAAUUAAGUCGUUUUAUCUCUGAGAAAAGAUGCCUGACCAGUCUUAAGAUGGAAGGGUGUUGUAACCUUGGGGGUUUAAUUUUUUCUUCAACCAGUCUGUCUACUCUCUGGCUCUCAGAUCUUCACUCCCUCUCUAAGAUGGUUUUUAACUGCCCCAACUUGAAGGAGGUAUCCUUGGAUUUCUCUCAGCAAGAAAAUGAUAGCACUGAUCUAACCACUAUUGUGAAUGGUUUGGGAAUAAGCUGCCCAAAGCUACAGAACAUCCACAUUGCCUCAACGCGGCUUUCACAUGCUGUAGUGCUUGCUCUUACUGCUUCAAAUUUGAGGGGAUUGCGAAUGCUUUCUCUUGUGCUUGGAUCUGAGAUUACUGAUGCAUCAGUUGCAGCUAUUGCUACUAGCUCCUCAAAGAUGGAAUUACUUGAUCUGAGUAGCUACUCAAAUCUGGAAUUGCUUGAUCUGAGUGGGUCAAAUAUCAGUGACAGUGGCAUUGGAAUGAUUUGCAAUGUCUUUCCAGAAACAUUGUCCAAACUACUUCUUGCUCUUUGCCCCAACAUAACUUCAAGUGGCAUUCAAUUUGCUGUUGCUCAACUGCCUUGUCUGGAACUCAUGGACUGUGGAAUGACCAUAUGUGAUCCCAAUUCAGAGAUCUCUGACGGAGAGGACAAUGAUAGUGACUUGCAGAGAACUCCCAAUAGCAAGUUGCACCUUAUAUACCAGAAGCUAAUUAUUAAACACAGCCGGUUGAAGAAGCUAAGCUUAUGGGGUUGUUCUGGCUUGGAUGCAUUAUAUCUAAAUUGCCCACAACUUAUUGAUUUGAACCUCAACUCUUGUAGAAAUUUACAUCCAGAGAGGUUGCUACUCGAGUGCCCCAAUUUAAAAAGUGCGCAUGCAUCAGGCUGCCAAGACAUGUUGGUCAAGACCAUUCAUAAUCAGGCCUGCUACGACUUUUCGGCUGUAGAAAAUCAUUUUCCCAUCAAACGGCUACCUGAUGGAUCCAAAAGAGUCCGCGUGCCAUAUUUAUUCAGCCCUCAGCCAUGCGAUGAGGAGGAACAGUUGAGGGCUAGGAAACGCCACUGUGCUGUGAUUUCGACAUCAUAA